AUGGCAGCUCUGCAAUCAGUUGAUCUGGCUGUCUGUCCUUGUGCACCUGCAGCCCUCCAACUCCUUUGGAUGGGCUACUUCCCCUGUGCCCCACUGGGGCCAACACUUGCUGUUAGCCUGCAGCUUCUCAGCUUUGUCCAACAACUCUUCAUGCACAUACCUCCAAACACUUCAGCAUGGUGUGAGUCUCUUGAGGCAUACCUUGCAGUUAUGGGUUAUGAGGUGGACACAAAGGAGGGUAUACACUGGAGGUUCAGUAAUGCAUAUCACUGGUAUUGUAUUCUGGAAACAUCCCUUGAUGAAUAUGUCCAACAACAACUGCAAGAAUCUGCUAGUCCACCAUCAAACAUCCCCUCUGCAAUCCCAUUACCAAGUUCCCCAGACAAUGAUGUCCUCAGUUCAAAGAUGAGGCCAUCAGAAUACCUAUGA